AUGACGGUCGCAAGUAAUCAGGCACAUGUGAAGGCAUUGAGUAAGAAUCAUCACAACGAUUGGCCAAAAGAUGAUGGAAAGUACGAGAAAUGUUCAGGUACUAAGCUGUCAACGAAUGAAAAGGGUGUAAAUUUCGGGAUAACUCCUAAAAUAACCAUAGGCGUAAAAGGUGUCAAGUAG